CUUAGUGGUACCGGCCUUGAGGCAUUUUGGUCAGACUACUGUUGCAGGUCCUGAGUAUCUUGCCGACGUCAUCAAAACCCCUUGAACCAGAACGAUGAGCAUGAAUGUUGCCCGCCACGUUUCGCGCUCUUUAAUUCGGCCCCACCUGGUACGAAAAGUCCCAUCGAGGACGCUUGUGACCUUGCAGAGCCUCAAGUACACCGCUCAUGCUACUGCUCAAGGUGCUGGACGCAAUGGCACGACCAAGUCCAAUGACCUUGAACUCAAUCUCGCGACACCGAAGGAGUUAGGCGGCACUGGACAAGGCGAGAACCCCGAACAGUUGUUCGCGAUGGGAUAUUCCUCGUGCCUCUUGGGUGCCAUUCAGCUCGUAGCACGUGGUAUGGGCAAGACAGAGAUGGCAAAGAAUGCCAAAGUGCACGUCAGCGUACAUCUUGGAGAGCCUAAGGACAUGGAAGGGUUCGGAAUUGGGGUCGACAUCAAAGUGGAGGGUAUUGAUGAUGAACUUUUGCGAGCUGGUCAUGCGUUCUGCCCUUACAGUCGUGCACUCAAACACGGAGCUGUCGUCAACAUCUCUACCGCGUAAAAGCAUAUAAAUUUCAGCCGUAUUAGCUAUCAUGUAUCCAGUAAUGAAUGGCCGGGAUUGCAUCAGGAUUGCAGACUCAAAACAGACCCAUAGCUUGUACCAUGCCAGUCUAAGUUUUCCGUACCAGAUUUCCCUUGUAUUCUAUGGUCAAAUUUACAGUUCAAGUCUAGCAGCAUCAU